AUGGCUCCUCUGCCGCCGCCUUGUGUUCCUUGCGCGCCGGGAUGCGGGGGGCUGGCGGGCCUCGGCGUGGGCCAGGAAAGGGCGCUGCGGCCUUCUGCGCCUGGCCUUGACAGCGACGAGCCCUUUUCUCUUCCGCGGCUGGGCAGGACCCGCCGGCAGCCCAAGAAGAGCAGGCGCCCCCUGCGGGAACCCGGAGGGCGAGCGAGCGGCGAGGGGGGGCAUCCGGGAAGUCAGCACUGCUCAGGAAUGGAUGAGCCCAGCGAGUCCAGUGCCGACUAUUAUGAGUACCCCAACUUCACGGCCCCCGUCUUCCCCGAGAGGGAAGCUCUGGCCCACUGGAGCCCCGUGGUCUGGGUGGCCCUGCCGCUCUACGCCCUGAUCUCCCUGCUGGGCAUUCUGGGCAACGGGGCGGUCAUCUUCGUGGUGGGCUUCCAGAUGCGGCACACGGUGAACACCAUCUGGUUCCUCAACCUCUCUGUGGCUGACUUGCUCUGCUGCGUGGCCUUGCCCUUCCUGGCGGAGUCGCUGGCCUCUGACUACAGCUGGAAGCUGGGGGGCUUCGCCUGCAAGUUCCUCCCCUCCCUCAUCAUCUUGAACAUGUUUGCCAGCGUCUUGCUGCUGGCGGUCAUCAGUGUGGACCGCUGUGCCUUGGUGGUCAAGCCGGUGUGGUGCCAGAACCACCGCUCCAAGCUGCUGGCCGUGGCCCUGUGUGCCAUAGCCUGGGCACUGGCUGUGCUUCUCACCUUGCCCACUUUCCUGGUCAGGAGAACCAGUCACGACUUCUCAUCAGGCAAGACGAUGUGUGGGCUCAACUACUCCCUCCUGGAUGAGGGGAACCCCCAUGCGGCUGAGGUCUCCGUGGCCAGCAUGCGCUUCCUGUGCGCCUUCCUCGUUCCCCUGGUGGUCAUCAGCGUCUGCUAUGGACUCUUGCUGUGCCGGGUGCGCAGCAGCCGCUUCAUGCGCUCCCAGAAGACCCUGGCCGUGGUGCUGGUGGUCAUUGUGGGCUUCUUUGUCUGCUGGGCCCCCUACCACGUGGUGGGGAUGAUCAUGGCCUCGCAGCCCCCCCACAGCCACCUCCUGGAGGCUCUGAAAGCGGUCGACCCACUCGUUGUGGGCCUGGCCUACCUCAACAGCUGCAUGAACCCCGUCAUCUACGUCAUCGCCGGGCAAGACUUCCGGACCAAGGUCAGGCUGUCGCUGCACGCCAUUCUGCGCAACGUCUUGAGUGAGGAGGCCACGCUGGCCACUGCCACAGAGCAGGGCCGUGGACAGGCCACCUGCACCACCGAGGACCGCAGCACCAGCACAACUGUGUGA